AUGGCCGACGAAGAAAUUGUGUCCCACAUGGCCUCGCUGUCGCCUUCGUCAGCGACGGCACCCAAACUGCCCAUCGACCCCCUUUAUACCAGAGAGCCUCCUAUCAUUGAUGAUUUGAUCACCGUUACAUCAAACGCUCAGGAGGGCACCAUGGAUUCCUGCCUACCUUUACUGCAAGCCCAGGAUGAUAGCAUCGAAUACAACAUUCAUGGAGUGCCUCACCUGCGUCGACAACGCAUCAUCAACUUUCUCAAACACACUAUAGGGCAGCUUCCGGCACCAUUUGUCAUGGCCGAUGCAAGUAGGCCAUGGUCUCUGUACUGGGCACUGAACGGAAUGGCGCUGCUGGGAGCCGACAUCUCGGGCUAUCGCGAUGGGUUGAUCGCCACUGCGCAGCAUCUGCAGAAUGACAGUGGCGGCUUUGGUGGCGGCUUCGGUCAGCAAUCGCAUCUGGCUACCACGUAUGCAAUGGUCUUGGCUCUGGCUAUCGUUGGAGGUGAGGAAGCCUAUGAAAUCAUUGAUCGAAGAGCCAUGUGGAAAUGGCUUUCCUCUUUGAAGCAACCCGACGGAGGGUUUUCCAUGUCCCUCGGCGGUGAGGUUGACGUUCGAGGAGCGUAUUGCGCGGCUGUUAUUAUCUCGUUGCUCAACAUUCCCCUCGGUCUGUCUUCGGACUCGCCAGCAAGAACUGUAGGCAUCGAAGACCUCUUUACUGGUCUGGAAGGCUACGUGCGAAGAUGUCAAACCUACGAGGGCGGUAUAUCCGGCAAACCGGACGCCGAAGCGCAUGGUGCAUAUGCGUUCUGCGCUCUGGGAUGUUUGACCAUACUAGAUGCGCCCCAUCGCAUUAUCCCCAGAGCUCUUGAUGCACCUCGACUGAUCUCUUGGCUGUCGGCUCGCCAAUACGCCCCCGAGGGUGGCUUCUCUGGUCGCACGAAUAAGCUUGUCGACGGCUGCUACAGCCAUUGGGUGGGAGCAUGUUGGCCGCUCUUACAAGCUAGCCUCGCAAGAGAUCACAGCUCCGCAUUAGAAACUGGUCUUCCCUCGGGCCAUAGUUUCUAUGACCGUGAGGGUCUGAUACGGUACAUCAUGUCCUGUGGCCAAGACCACUCCUCUAGAGGUGGCAUGAGAGACAAGCCCGGACGACGUUCCGAUGCAUACCACACCUGCUAUGUACUCAGCGGGCUCUCGUCUGUACAGCAUAUUGUCAGCGCGGACACCUCACGAGAUGAGCAGGUGGCAAACAUUACAUGGACCGUGCAACCCCAUAUGGACGAUCGGGUCUUUGACGAGGAAGACCUGGUCGAAGCGACAGACCCCGUCUACGCUAUCCCUCAGAAGAGUCGAGAGGAAAUUAUGGAAUAUUUCUUAUCGAAGCCGGGAUUCUGA